UUUCCUCGAAUAUCGUUCAAUGCUGUUGAUUGCGUUGACAGUUGAAUGCCUACCCCACGAAGCUGAGUAAUCGCCAUGACGCCAUUCGAUGGUUUCCCAUCGCCAUAAAUAUAUUUUGCGGCCCAACUACCAGCUUCAAUUAACCCCCACUAUUUCCCCUCCAAAAGAAAAUCCAGAACAGGAAAAAGAGAAGGGCCAGAAGAAAAAUCAAAGCAUCAUGAAGGCAUAUUGGUUCGACAAUCUCCCAGGCGACCAGCGUCUCCCCCACGACUCCGACCGUCCCGUAACCGACGAAUAUCUCUCCAAGCUCGGUAUCCUGCACUUCAACUACCCCGAUAUCGAGGAUGUGAAUGCCCUCGCCUCGUCGCGCUCGUACAAAAACCGCGAUGAGGUCACAAUAUCCCCCACCACCAUGGGCGAUGCGUACGAGGAGAAGGUGAAGAACUUUUUCCACGAGCACCUACACGAGGACGAGGAGAUUCGGUAUAUUUUGGAUGGGGGAGGCUACUUCGAUGUUCGGAGCGAGGACGAUGAUUGGGUGAGGAUCAAGCUCGAGAAGCAUGAUUUGAUGAUCAUGCCGGCGGGUAUAUACCACCGGUUUACAACGGAUGAGGCAAACUACACCAAGGCCAUGAGGCUAUUCAAGGAAGACCCGAAAUGGACGCCGUUGAACCGGGGGAGCGAGACAGAUGACAACCCGUAUCGGAAGGACUACAUCAAAAACAGGGCCACCCUUGCGACAGCGGUAAACUGAUGGGCAAUGGUUGUCGGUAUCAUAGCCAAGUCUGGUUGGAAUAUAAAUGCAUGAUUUGAGCUUGAGCAGACAAACAAGCACUGUGAUCAACCGUUCUUUAUCCUAUGUUCGGUUUCGUAUGUUUGGCAUGACAACGUAGUAAUUUGUACACUAAGAACGGAUGGAUAUAUAACAUGGACCACGCGCUACCAAAAAGGAAUCCAAGAGCAAAUGUGAAGAAACCAGGAUAACCGACCAACCCAACCCAACCAAUGCAAAACAUCCACUCCUUUUUCCCAGACACUUAGCAUCCUCCACCUCCACCUCCACCCCCGUCACCACCACCGCCGCCGCCUCCUCCUCCAUCACCUCCAUAUCCUCCACCAAAGUACCCUCCCGUGUAUCCAGCCGAGUACCCUCCCCCUCCCCCUCCGCCGUACCGCUUUUUCUGCUUCUUCGUCAUGCGAGCGGGUUGCUGGUAGUAGUCUACCGGUUGUUGGUGUUUGGAUGAUGUACAGCCCAUAUUGUUCCAACCCAAUUCCCCUUUGCUGAUUCUCUGUUUAAGUUGGCUUAUUUGCAACAAGUUUUUGUUGUGUGGGUUGUUUCGUUUCUUCCCGGGGUUUAUAAUGUCUGAACGCUCGGGACGAGAAAGCAGCACGGUUUGAUGGUGGCUGUGGCUGUGGUUGGACUUGUUGCUGUUGUUGUUCUUGUUGUUGGAUUC